AUGUCUCCCAGCUUAGAGGGCGUCAUGUUCAACAGGAGCGCGAACGCGAACCUGUCCGCGCGGCGGCCGCUGCUCGCCGAGCCGCAGAAGCCGGUGGUGGUAGCUCCGCGCGCGCCGCCCCGCGACUUCGGCCCGCACCGGCCUCUGCCCGCGCCCAGGAACCUGCCUACGGACUACUACGAAUACCGAGCGGACUACUGGAAGCCAUCGAACGUCGAACUCGAGAGGCGGCUGCAGGAGCAGAGGGCGCGCGAAAAAGUCGGCUACUUUCAAGAUAAAGUGACGACGCCCGAUCUGAGCUUGGACCGCGGUGAGGCGGAACUCGUGUUCAGAUUCGACCCGCACGCGUCCGCGGAAUACCUGUCGAGCCAGUACCGGGCGCCGGCUGUGCAUUACACGAAGCCGCCGACUCCGGUGAACGGUUACGCCAACCGCUUGCCGGAGAGGGACGGGCCCUUUGUAUUCGGCGUGCACAGUCCCAGCCAAUUUCCGAUCGCGCGUCGCGACGACGACGACUACGACUACUCCGAAGUGGCCGAAGAGGGCGGCCACACUGUGAUACAAGACGAUGUGUCCGAAGACACGAACUGCUGUGAUAAAGUAAACGACUGGGCGGUGCGCGACAAGAAAUGCAGGAGGACAUUGAACAGGAUGUUUCAGAUAAAGGACAGGCGGAAAGUGAAAUGUGGUAACAAGGAGAAGAUUAAGUGUGUGUUGGUCGGUGAUGGAGCUGUGGGAAAGAGUUCGUUAAUCGCAGCAUACGCUCAGGACACGUUUCGGGAGGAUUACCAGCCUACUGCUUACGACACAUUUAACGUUGUGGUUGACGUGGAUGACCGGCCUAUCUGCGUGGAAAUCUGUGAUACUGCUGGCCAGGACUCGAUGUCGGAGCUGCGGGCACUCUGCUACCCCGGCACGGACGUCCUGAUGCUGUGCUUCUCCGUCGUGCGACCGGAGACCUUCCGCUCGGUAGCCGAGAGGUGGACGAAGGCGGUCGCCAAUGUGAACGCGCCCUUAAUCCUGGUCGGCACGCAGAGCGACCUAGCGCUGGAUGGAAAAGUUAUACAGGGACUGAAGGUAAGGCACGUUACUAAC